AUGAAGGGCGCAACCUUACGCCAGCGACUUGCGUGUGGAGCAGCGCCCAGGCGUUCCUUGCUCGCGUCGACGCGCCCCGGCAUCCGGGUGUGCGUCAUCGUGCCAAGCAAAGACAAUGCAUCGGGCAGCAGCGGCCAGCCGCGUCUUCCGCUGCUGUGGACUUUCCCUGACUCGGGCAGCAGCAGGGGCGUGCUAAAACACAAGCAGGUGUUGGAGGAGAUGUUCAGCCGGGAAGUUGAGGAACCGACAACCGCUACCACUUCAACCGCUAGCCGGAACGAACACCUGUCAGGUAGCCCCUCCCCCACGGCCAGCACCAGCACCACCACAGCCCAGCUAGGACACAGCUACUCUGCGGACUCUCAGGAGCGGGCGCUGGAUCAAGAACAUGAAACGCGACAGCAGCAACAACAGCAGGGUGACCUCCACUUGAAUGGGUUAUCCAUCCACGAGAUAACUAGCUCACAGUCGCAUUUACGCUCGGAGUCCCUGGCGCUCGAGAAGGAGGAGGAGGACCAGGAACAGCAGCUAUUACUGGAGCUACAGCAGGAGCAGGCGGAAAAUGACAUCAGGGCUAAGGAAGCGGCGGCGCUACGAGAACGUAUUUUGUCGCCAUCUCUCGCAUCCACGUCAGCCUCGUCUUCGGAUAGCGUUCGGUCGCAUUCCUACCGCAACCACCAUAACCGCAUUCAUAACCACCAUCACCAUUAUCACCACAACUACCAUCAGCAACAGCAACAGCCCGGCCUUCCGAAGGUCACCGACCCAAUGGGUGGAUCAUUACCGGGGGGGACUACGGACAGUGCCUCUGAUGAGCCACACACCCACACUCCUGGCGGUGCUCAACCACAAGUCGCAUUCGUUCCGGGGCACCCUCACCACCACCCCCACCAGCAACAGCCGGCGGCGUUGCAGCACGGGGCAACAGCCGCGGCGGGGGCGCCGCCGGGCGCAGCAGCGGCAGCGGCGACUUCAGCUCCGGUUGCCCCGGCAGCUGACGGCGGCAUUGCAUCAUCAUCAUCAUCAUCAGGUUCAGCUGCGGCGGUUACCGUUGCCGCCGCCGCCUCUUCUAGCAGCUCUCCUCCAGCUGCCCGGGACAGCCCCAGCUCCAUUCCGAGCUCCAUUUGGAUCUUGUGUUGUAUCUCCGCGGCGCUCACAUGCGCCAGUUGCGUAUUCAACACAGCACUGCCGAUAUACAUGGUUAGCGAGCUCAAAAUGAGCAUGCGGUCCAUGGGCAUGUUUGAGGGCUUCUUGGAGGCGUUCUCGUACGUUGUACGGAUGUGCUCAGGCGUUAUCUCGGACCGGAUGACGAGCCGCAAAGCAGCCAUCACUUUGGGCUUCGCUGCCGGUGCAGCCGCCAAGUUCGGCAUGGCCAGCGCGGGCAGUGUGGGGCUGCUGUUCGCGGGCAAGGCAGUGGACCGACUUGCGAAUGGAAUACAGGCAGCGCCCCGCGACGCCCUCAUCGGCGACCUGUCCCCUCCUGGAGUCCGCUCCGCCUGUUUCGGUCUGGCACAGUCGCUGCGGAAGUGGGGCAGCGCGGUGGGCGCCCUGGCCGCCUUCUUCCUGAUGAAGGCCUCCAACAACAACUACCAGCUGAUCUUCUACUCGGCAGCGGCGGUGUCCCUCACCGCCUGCCUGGCGUUCGUAGUGUUCGUACCCGCACAUACAACACGGACGACGAGUGCGGCUGCGCCGGCGGCGGCGGCAGCGGCGGCGACGGCAGCCUGUGCUGCCCCCAGCGGCCCUGCGGUGGCGGGUGUGGGUGUGGCGGCGCCGAAUGGGGGCCCCGCUCUGCUUUCUGGUGCGCGGGAGGCCGCGCGUGUUGUGUUUUCCAUGGGUGCGGAUUUCUACCGGAUGCUGGUCGUCAUAUCGCUGUACGCCCUGGGGCACAUCAACGAGAGCCUGCUGGAGGCUCGUGCAAUGGAGGUGGGCUUCGGAAAGGCCGAGGCCACGUUGGUGGUGGCGGCCAUAGCGGCAGUCACCUUCCUCACCGCCUACCCUUUGGGCCUUCUAGACGACAGGUACGGCGCUGGUACGACGUUUGCUGUUGGCAUUGGCGCCCUUAUUGCCGGCGACCUGGUGCUGCUCCUGAGCGGCCCGCACCCCCUCGCGCUGUUCGCGUCGUGUUUGUUCCUGGGGGUGCACUGGGCGGUCAUUCAGGGUCCGCUGCUGUCCAUCGUAUCGGGUCUGGCCCCCCCCCACCUGCGGGGAACUGCCUUUGGCAUCUUCUACACCGUCAUGGCCGCAACCGCCGUUGCUGCCAACACCAUGUACGGCAGCAUCUGGCACACGUACGGCGCCAACGCGGCAUUCAUGACCAGCGCCGCGCUGAUGUCCGCUGUACUGGCGGCGCUGCCGUACAUGCUGCCUGCCAGCGCGCGACGCGGGGCUGCCGCGCCAGCGGCGGCGGCGGCGCCUCCGCCGGCUGCCAGUCCGCUGUCGUCCCUGACAGGCGCCCCUUCGGUGUUACCUGCAGCGGCCUAG